AUGAACGAUUUUCAACCCAAUGAUGUUAUGUAUGUUUUGCAUAACUCCACUCUAUACUUCCUUCUAUACGCAGCUGUUCAGAUAAGUCAAUACAUUUUUCACAUUCUUUACAAUAAUAAAGUAAUUCAAACUUACUUUUUCAAAUACCAGAAAAAAAUUAAAAAGACCUACUGCCAGUACACGAAAUCGAGUGAGUAUCAAGAUAUUAGUAACAAAAUAGAACAUUUAAAGAAAAAAAUAAAAAAAUACACUAAACUUAUAGAAGAAAAUAAAAAAUCGAACAAGCAUAUGAAUGAAUAUGAUUUGUUAAUAUUAAAUGGGAAGUUUACCAGGAAGCUUUUAAAGGAAGAAAAAAAUUUAAACGAUUUGAAUAACUUACUUGAACAGGAAAAUCAGGGAGAUUAUUUAUUCCACGCUUGUGAUAUUCUUUCAUCUUUGGUGACCUCGAACAGUGUGCUUGCUAACGUCCUUCGCACCCAAAUAACCGUAACCUUUCUGUUCCUGUACCUGAAAUACCUCUCCUGUCAAAACGCAAAAUUGUCUCACGUGUCAACCGAAAUGGACAUAUGGUUUGGGAAACAUUUUAAGAUAAUUUCCACAGAACCUUGGGCGAAUAACCUGAUUAAUUUAUUGUAUGGAUACAACACAGCGCACGUGGUUUUUCUCACGCUCAAGCAGAACGUUUCCAAUUUGUUUAUCAAAUCAGAAGUUAAGAUGAAAACAGUAUAA